ACGACAACGAUUUUUUAGUAUAAAUAGAGCAUACUUUGAUACAGGAUUUAACUGUUGAUGAGCUUUGUCAAGAUUCAGAAAUAGCAUAAUGAAAGAGUUUCUUCUUAUCACUUUUCUUGUUGUGGCAUCGCCAAACUGGAUGAAUAUGAGCAAUGGAUCUCUAAUAAGAAUUCCACUGAAGAAACAAAUUAACAAUGAACAAACAAGAUUACCUAAUCUGGCAGGAAGAAGACUACAUGGUAAAUUUAGAAACACAGGAGAAGUGCCUUUAAUCAAUGUGGAUAAUGUUGAUUAUUAUGGAGAAAUCGGUAUUGGAACUCCUCCACAAAAGUUCAACGUAGUUUUUGACACCGGGUCUCCUGAUCUUUGGGUUCCUUCGUCCAAGUGCAUAACACUUCCGGAUAUAAAAAACGGUUGCCAAAACUAUAAACAAUACGAUGCUACCAAAUCUUCAACAUAUCAAGUCAAUGGCACAGCUUACCUAAUGGGUUACGGAACUGGACAAUUGCUUGGUUUCUUAUCUGAAGACAAUGUAGAAGUUGGAGGAAUAGUCAUAAAAAAUCAAAUUUUCGGUGAAGCAAUAAUAGAAACCGAUUUUCCCGAAAAACAAGUAAACGAUGGUAUUUUAGGAUUAUCUUACCCAGAUUCGUCAUCUUACAAAAUUCCUACAGUUUUUGAAAAUAUGAUUAAACAAGGUGUACUGGACAAACCAGUGUUUUCUUUUUAUCUAAGUCAAGCUGCCAAUGGUGAUAAAGGAGAAUUGUUGCUCGGUGGAUCAGAUCCAAAGUAUUACAAAGAAGAUUUCACCUAUGUACCAGUAUCAAAAAAAUAUUUAUGGCAAGUAACUGCACAACGUAUUUCUGUAGGCAAUCAUGGCUUGUGUCAAAAUGGAUGUGAAGCUAUUAUAGAUACUGGUACUUCUUUGAUCUAUGGACCAACCGAGGAUAUUGAAAUUAUUAACAAUAAAAUCGGUGCAAAAUUGUCAAAUUGCACUAAAGACUGGGAAUGUUACCUUCUUGAUUGUAACAAAAAUUUAAACGAUCUUCCUGAUGUAGUAUUUUCUUUUGGAGGCCAACAAUUUGCCAUAAAUUCUACAACAUAUAUAAUAAGGAGUAACGAUACAUGCGUAUCCAGUUUCCAAAUUAAAACAUCUUCAUUGGGUGAAGGAUAUGAUUGGCUGCUAGGAGAUACGUUCCUGAGAACUGUUUACACCGAAUUCGAUUUCGGCAAAAACCGCAUUGGAUUCGCAAAACUUGCAGAUGUAAAUUUAUAAACAAUUAAUUAUACGACAUAUUUCUUAAGAA